AUGCAUCAAGAUUUGAAGUGGAUGUUUUGGUGGCCAGGCAUAAGAGGUGAAAUAGCUAGAUUUGUCGAGGCCUGUUUGACUUGUCAAAAGGCAAAAGCAGAACGUCGUUGUCCACCUAGAGAAUUGCAAACCAUGGAGAUCCCUGAGUGGAAAUGGGACUGUGUGACCAUGAACUUUGUAUCUCAUUUAUCAAAAAUGGUGAAAAACCAUGAUGCUAAGGGUGAUUGGGAGGACAUGCUUCCUCUUGUGGAAUUUACCUACAAUAAUAGCUAUUACUCAAGCAUUGGCAUGUCACCUUUUGAAGCCUUGUAUGGUAGGAAAUGUCGAACUCUAGUUUGUUGGUUUCAAGACAGAGUACAUUUGAUGGUUGGACUAGAAAUGCUUCAAAAAACCAUGGAGGAAGUUGAGCUUAUACAGAAAAGAUUAAGGGUGACUUACAAUAGUCAAAAGUCUUACGCUGAUCGUCAUCGAAGACCUUUGGAGUUUGAGGUGGGUGAUCACGUAGGACUAGUGGCUUAUAAACUAGCAUUACCAGCUCAACUGGUAGGAUUACAUAAUGUUUUUCACAUAUCACAAUUGAGAAAGUAUGUUCCAGAUCCAACUCAUGUGAUAGAGCCGGAUGCUGUGCAAAUACGAGAUGACUUAUCGAUUGAGCUUCCAGCUGCAUGA